GUUUGGACGGUAGCCUGGAGAAGUCAUCCCGAGAAGAGAUUCCCGCCCCUUCUCCCCUCGAAAGCUCAUGGCUGUCUGGGUUACGGGAGGCCGUCUCGGCCUCCGCGGGUGCCUGAGCACCUACAGGCUACUUUGUUUCCGUUUCCAGAGCAGCGGCUCUCAGGAUGUGGAAGACAAGGACAGCAUACAGCCUUCCUUGAAGACACCCAAGAUUCCCAAGAUUUACACCAAAACAGGAGACAAAGGGUUUUCUAGCACCUUCACGGGAGAAAGGAGACCCAAAGAUGACCAGGUGUUUGAAGCUUUGGGAACUACAGAUGAAUUAAGUUCAGCUAUUGGGUUUGCUAUGGAAUUAAUCACAGAAAAGGGCCACACAUUUGCUGAGGAGCUUCAGAAAAUCCAGUGCACAUUGCAGGACGUCGGCUCGGCCCUGGCCACUCCGCGCUCCUCUGCCAGGGAGGCUCACUUAAAACACACGGCCUUUGAGGCGGGGCCCAUCCUGGAGCUGGAGCAGUGGAUCGACAACUACUCCAGGCAGCUCCCGCCACUCACUGCCUUCAUUCUGCCCUCGGGAGGCAAGAGCAGCGCUGCACUACACUUCUGUCGGGCUGUGUGCCGCCGAGCUGAGAGACGCGUGGUGCCUCUUGUCCAGACGGGAGAGACGGAUGCAAAUGUGGCCAAGUUCUUAAAUAGACUCAGUGACUAUCUCUUCACAGUAGCCAGAUAUGCGGCCAUGAAGGAAGGAAAUCAAGAAAAAAUAUACAAGAAAAAUGACCCAUCAGAUGGAGCUUGAGGCUCUUGGAGAUAAUGGAAGGGGGGCUUCCUAGGCCCCUCCAUAGUGAGGGUGACAGCGACAGUGACAGCAGGGGAGAGUCUGCCUUCUGGGAUUCUGGUUGCUGAGGGGCUCGCCUGAGGAGCUGGAAGUGGGUCUUAGGUGCAGACUCAGCUUUGCCUCACACUUGCUACUACUUCCCUGGAGGGACUGGGGCCCUCGAGACUUUUGUCCCUGCCUCCCCAGGCUGGCCUUGGUCUUGGAGGAAGUGGGAAUGAAUUCCACAUUGCAGAAGAGAAAGGUAAAGUGAUGGCUACCAAGUGAAGGAGCCAGGUGGAAGAAAGAAUAAAUGUGGGAAAGGCUUGA